AUGGGUUCUAGAGAACAGAAAACAGUAACAGGACACAUUUUUAGAGACAGCAUCCUCCCCUGCUCUUUUCCACGUGGUAAUGAUGUAGUAAUUUACUGGAAGAAAAAGGACAAAAAUGUGCACAGUUACUACUAUCAGAAGGAUCAACUAGGAAUGCAAGACGUGGACUACAGAAACAGAACUUACCUUUUUCACGGGGACAUUGGUAAUGGAAAUGCCUCCUUGAAACUUAGGAACCUGACCUUUACUGAUGAGGGCCUUUAUCAGUGCUAUGUGGGAACACAGGAAACUAAAACAGAAGAGGAUGUCAUGCUGCAUGUAAAAGAUUCCUCUUAUCGUGCACUGGAGUACCAAAAGACAGACAGCGAAAGGCUGCUGAGGUGCUUUGCCUUUCUUACUUAUUCAGUGCCAAGUAUAACUUGGACACAAGGCAACGCCUCCAUCCAACCAUCCGGUCUGGAGGAAACGCGGGUUGGAAUUCUCCAUACUGUUAGAAGUGACCAGGACAUUACAAACACAUCUGUUCCUUACCGGUGUCGCAUUUACCUCCGUCGGGACGAGUGGGCUGCUGAAUGGAAGAUGGAAGAGCAACUUUCCAGUGUGGAAGGAAAUAGCACGACAAUUCCCUGUGAAUGCAUCAACUGCACUUCUUCACACACUGAAGAUUUCAGCGUUGUUUGGACAAUAAACAGAAAUGCAGUAAUUUCAGUCCUGGCCUCCUUCAAUGGCACAUCCCACUCUUACCAACCACGAGCCCAAAUUAACACAACUGACUUUUCACUGAUGUUAAGCGAUCUUACUGCAGACGACAGCGGAGAAUAUCUCUGUAAUAUUUCAACACCUCACUACACAAAACUUAUAGUGAGAAGUUUGCACGUUGGUAAUUCAUGUCCUACCCGGAAUAUUGUGAGAAUUGCAGUGGCUUUGGAGUACGUGACUGUGAUAGGAGCCUGUAUUGUGGCUGUUUCUACUGUAAGCAGGGCCCUAACCGCAGGGAAAGCUAUCUUCGCGCUCCUCGGGGCCUUGACAAGCCAAACUCGCAAAGCUUCGGGAGACAUUUUGCAAAGAUUCACAGGAGGUGAUAAACACACAUCAGCAAACAGGCACACAAAUGGUUGA